AUGGUCGUCACCACCCCGAAGGGAUUCAAAAAAUCCCCUCGCAAGCAAUAUAUGUUCGUCUUUUUCGUCUUCGCGUCUGGUUUGAGCAUGUAUCUCUUCAUACUUUCGAUCGCCAAUCGCGACAGUCGAGACGUCGGUCCCGGGGACGAACUUCCCGGCGAUUUUCUCAGUCGAGAGACGUUUGAACAAAACCAACACCACGGGAUGGGCGGGAUGGACAACGAUAAAAGUGAUUUUGAUGGGAGGAAUUUAGACGCGUACCACAGAGAAUUAGAAGUCGAACGCGCGCGGAAACGCGAAAAGGAAAAAGAAGAGUUGAAGCGACUCAGAGAGAAAGUUCAGGAGGAAAAAGUUCUCAGAGAAGUAGCGGAGAGGAAGUUACGCGAGAAGGAAGCAGAAGCUUUCAGUAGCAGUAGCAGUAGCAACGGUGAUGAGGAUACGAGCGAACAUGAGAAGGAGCUGUUCGAGGGCGGUUUUUACGAGAAGCCGGGAUUGUCCGUCGAGCGAUGGCGGCAAACGAGAGACGGCGAGACGAAGGAACGCUACGCCGAGUGUCACAUGAUUGAAAACUCGGAAUAUUGGGGUCCAACGCCCGUGAGUGGAGAUUUGUCCGCGGAGAAUGGUGCGAGAAAUAGAAAAGAGACGUGGCAAGAGUGCUGCGAGUCGUGUAAAGAGCACUCGAAGGAGUGCAACACGUGGAGAUACGACCCGAGGAAUAAAAACUGUUGGUUGGCGAAGAACAAAAACGUGUGGCAACCGCCGACGUAUGGGAAAGGCGACGCGAUUCCGUAUACGAGUGGGAUGUUGCAUCCAGAACCAGUACAAUACGAUCCCGUGGAAGAAGAUGCGUCGCCGCCAACGUGCAUUACGACUAUGAUUACCAGUAAUGGUGGUAGGUACAUGAAUUGGCAAACUCGAUUGGUUUACGCUUCGUGGAAAAACGUGGCGAUGAAACACGACAAAGCUGGAAUCAUGGCGAGAUUCAUUCGCAUUUUACACAGAACGAAAGACGAUGAACUCGUAGAUAUCGUUCCAACUUGGAGAGCGGAUCCAUGGCAUCCAGACUGCGACAAUUCGUGCAGCUAUUCGGUCAAAGAUCGCGCGAGAGCGAUUUACGAUUGGAGCUUAACGGAAGACGCGAAAAAGUGUUCGCACGUGUUGAUGGCGGAGGCGGAUUAUAUUUUCGUCAAAGCCCCGCCGCCGUCGGUUAUGUUACAACCAGGGCACAGCUAUGGGUUUUUAUUCGGUUACAUAAUUCCAAGUCACGCAGACGCGAUGCCAGCCUCGAAAGUGUUUCACGAAGGGUACGAAGACAAAGUGCCGUACGCCGACGUGGCGCAAACGGGGAACGCGCCGCAAAUAAUGUACGCGAAAGAUUUAACUCGAGUCGCCAAAAGAUGGAAAGAGUUAAUGGUUGUGUCUGAAGAAUCCGCAGUCAUACAAAAAGUUUUUGGUUGGGUGAGAGAUAUGUACGCGUUUAGCUUUGCCGCGGCACAGAUUGAACCGCCGCUUCAGUUUCGUUUACCGCCCGUGCCUUUCGCGGAUACCAUGGUACAAAUUCCAGCGGACGUCCAGUUGGGUAAAGCGAUCGCCAUGCAUUAUACGUGGGGACCUGAAAUCAAAAUAGGCCCUAAACCGAGCCAUGAUGUCGUGUGGCAGUUUGAUAAGAGACGAUGGGGCGGUGCCGGCGGCGUGGGACGUAAGUUUGAGAAAAUCCCAAUGACUCCGACGUGGGACAAGUCGAAGGACUAUCGCUUAAACGCGGACGAGGUGUUACAAGAGACGCAAUUGGAAGUGUUGAGGAUAUUCGCGGAAUACUUCAACGACGCGGUGGAGAUGGCCAAUCAGGAGAAGGAUAUCGUAAAAUCAACCUCUUAA